UGCAUUUUCAUUAUUCUGAUUAUCUUUGUAUUUGUAAUGAACCAUUGAAACUAUAACAUGAUUUAAAUGAACAGUUACAAAAUUCUUUAUAUCAAAUAUUUACUAGUAGAUAGUGUAAAUUAAAAAAAAUGUCAGUUAUACAAAAAGAUUUAUCUAUGAGUUCUUUGCCUCUUCAAGAAAACCAAUCCUUGUCUAAUAAUUUAUGUAUUCAUACACAACCUGAUGGAAUGACAUUGCAGAACUUGCCAAUAGCAAUUCUUGAAGAAAUACUUAGUUACUUGAGUUAUGGGUUCUGUCUUUCCUUGAGGACACUAUCCACUUCUUUUUAUGAGACAGUUUCAAGGAAAUUCAGCCUUGGCUAUAGAAAUUUGUUUGUGAGAAUCAGAAAAAAACUUCUUAGUAUAGAGUCUGAAAGAGAACUGGCAACUUGUUUGAGAGAGUUGUCUGAUGGAGAAGAAAUAAUGGGUCUAAUGAUGCAUCAUACUGUUUUAAAACUACUUGAAUCAGAAGCUCUGAUCUUGAAAGCAAUAUGCCACAGAUAUGUUGAAAAAGGGUUAUGGAAUUUUACAUCUCCAUGUGGGGCUAGACUUUUGGACUAUUUUCAUAGUCUUAUUACAUUUUUAGCUGUAGACAAUUUAGAUACAAAUCUUUUAGACCCUAAUAUCACAUCUGAAUUAAUGUUUUUAUCGGGUCAGUUAAUAGAUCAUUUUAUGUGUGGUAUUGAACCAACACUAGAUUUAGUGGUUCCAUUCGAAGUGAAAUUAGCUGAUAUUUUAGAUUCUUGUAAUGAUGCAAGUGUGAAUUACCAAUAUUCUGAAUGGGAUAUUGGAUACAGGCUGAAUAUCAAUUAUUAUUUUAAAAAUUUAGCUUCACUUCAGUUCCCAUGGGAUGUAUUUCAAGAUGUAUCCACUGAAAAUAAACUUAAACAUAUCUUGAAAACAAUGAAAAGUAGCAUUCGCUACAGAAAUUACUGCUAUCCGUUAAGGGAAGCAUGGUAUGUAGAGGAUAUAUUUGAUGUCAGAGGUAUCAAUGGUCUGAAGAAUUUCUUAAAUGAGCCCAGACAUUAUCACUUGAGAGGAAAUCAAGAGCAACCGUGUAAUAAAGUGCAUGAUUGGUAUGAUUGGCAAAUUGGAGAAGAUGGUUGGACAAAGGUGUAUGAUGAAAUACACCAACAAAAACCAUAUUCUUUAAAUACACACAGAAUGGAUAUUGAAAUUAAAAUAGAAGGUGGACCCAAACCACUAAAAUUUCAACAUGAUUUGGUAGGAGAAAGAGAGGACGAAAUAGGGAUAUGUGAUAUUUAUUUGUAUGUUCAGCAUCCCUCAAAAUGUGACUUUUGUAAUCAUGUUAGCUGUAUUAAAAUUCAAGGAAAGAAUGGGAUUUAUUCCAUUCAAGCAAAUGAUCACCAUCAACAUGAUUCUUGAGUAAUAAAAUGAACAUUCUGCUAUGAGAUGGAGUUCUGGAUAUGUGGGGAUAGACUGGACUAUAACAGUAAACAGAACCAAGAGAUGCCACUGCUGGAAUUCUAUUCGGUAUUCCUAAAUGAUGAGGAGUAACUCCAGAAUAUAUAUCUUUUGAUAGUGAAGAGAUGUGAAACCUUUCUGAAAGACUCUUCUUACGCCUAUAUCUUGGAUCUUGAAAGUCUUUCAGACUACUGUAAUCUCCUUCAAAAAUUUCUUUGGCUUUCUGAAAAGCUGUUUUGUUUUCCUCUAUUUUUUCAUUAUCUUUGUCUGUUGCAUUUCUUGCUGAACUAUAUCUGGACGAAUGUUGACUUAAGUUGUUCUCAAUAUACAUUUCUUCAUGAUGCGUUUCAAAUAGUUCUUUCCCUUUUGUUACAAUACCUUUUACUUCCACAUGGCAUCCUUUUGUAAUUUCGGUAUCUUUUUUAUAGGCACCACCUUCCCAGUACUUUUUCCAUUCGUCAACAGACUUAGAGCCAGUCUCGAUUGUUUUCGUUUCUUUACCUGAACCAUAAUGAGCUAUGCGGACGAGAGUUGCUGCAGCUUUAGCAGCUUUGACUUUAUCAGAACGAUUUUUCUUAUUGACGUGAUAGACUUGGUCUCUUUCAAAUAAAUUUUUGAGUGAUGUAGAUAAUGCAUUCGACGAUAGGGCACGAAAAGAUUUAUCACCACAAGAUUUGGCUUUCCUUAGGCCCCGAACACUGAGGGACAAGAUUCUAUUGAAGUCAGGAAGAGACAGAGUUCUGAAACUUUCUGAGAUUUUGUUGCCCUCUCUAUGUCUCUUGCGUGGCAAAUUACUUUUGGAUUUGUUCUUUCUUGUUUGUAAAUUCGAGUCACUCAAUGAAGUUGAAAGCUGCUUAGAAUUAUAUGUUUUUGUUGAGAUUUUUUCGAUGUCAAGAUUGUUUAUAUCUAACUCGCGAUCAGCAGUUGUUAUAUUAAUAUUGCUGCUAUACUUCCUCAACAUUUUAUCGUUGUUAAAAAUACCUUUACGUCGAUGGUUCCGAUUAUUCUCCUUCUCUUCUGGACUCUCCUCAACCCUGUAUAUAUCGUGAAGGAGCCUGAUACCGGUGAGGUUGCGAUGACACUUGGAGAGACCGAGGGUGAAAGCCAGAUUGGAAGGAUGAUAUUUUCUCCAAUCCUUGUAGCCUUUAGCGGAUUGGGAAACGAAGCAGACACCGUUGUCAUGGGCAGUCCGAAAAGCGGCUGGGCUCUGCCCCAGGGCCCCAAUUUGUCCCCGACUAUCACACGGUUCGCUGCUAACUGAAUCAUCCCUUGCCGCCCUUUCCAAUUUCGCGCUUCGUCGGUCGUUGUAACGCGAUUCCAACUGGUAUAAAAAUUGAUCUUCCCUUGAAUGAUUAUGCUCGGUUAGCGACUCUUCCGUCGCUGCAUAUUCGCUAAUAGUGAUUAUAGGCACUGAAAUAUUACAUCUUGCGUCCAAGUUGACUAUUGAAUUAUCGCAAUCUGCUCCUAACAAGUUCAAUAGUUUGUGAUCGGUGUUCAAUUCUUUAGAAAGGUUAUUACUUAAACGCUGAUAAGAAUCUGAAGAGCUAUUAUUUUUGCUUAAUUUUUUCACAAGACCUUCAUUAGUGAUUGAUUCUGCUAAAUUAGAAAUAUUUAGCGAUUUAGUGUUUUCGGAAAUCAUAGAAGGGAAGUUAGGGCUGGUAUCAGUCUUUUUAUCAGUGUUAUCAGGAGUUUCUACUGAAACGUUUUCUUGGAUAUCUGAGUUCUCUUUUUUAAUGAUGUAUCUGUCACCAGAUACAGUACCGUCUUUAUUCAAUCUAAACAAUUGCCCAUUUUCAUCCAUGUACAUUUUUUCAGUGAUGAAGUCCACGAUUCCAGACAGUAUGGGAGGUUUGACCGGAACGUCGUACCAUAGUGAAGCUCCAAAGUUUCCCCUAUAUCCUGGAGGAGCCUCUUCGACCGUGAGGACGAAAGGGGACCCUGGAGCCGACCUGCCGAACCUAGACACCCUCAAGUAGUAGCGGCCUGGACGAGGAGCGACAUAACCGACGAGGAGCAUACUGUCCUUGAGCUUAUACUCGAAAUGGAUGGUGGUAGGCCCUUCGCUACUCACCUCCAGGCCUUCCUGCAGAGCUGGGCUCACGGCGAACAUGGCCCUUCGUCCGGAGUAGGCAGCUAUCAGUCCGAUCCCUCUUACUGUAACCUGG